UCCUGACGACAUCGUAGCAUCGAUCGAACAGAUCCUAGUGUACUUGAUACUUGGUCAUUUGCUUCAACUCGAAUACGAAACAUCCCGGCCCAUCGGGAACCGACCCUUUCACGUCGCGCACGUCGGACUCUCCCGAAACUUGAACCUCUUGUACAACUCGGACGACCGCAUCCGUUUGAUUUUGACGAGUUUUGUCAGUCAAUAAGAGCGGUCUCUCCACCAACACGACAAAAUGAACGCAACGCCUACCUCUUCGCUCCUCUCCGCCCUGCUAUCCGUCCGGUCGACUCCUCCCCGCAUCAUCCAAAGUCCACCGACACAACCGCGAAGAGCUUCCGUAGCUUUAGUACUCAGGCUGAGACCUCCCCCAGGAUUGGAGAUCCCGGAGGAAGAGUGGGGUGUUGGGAUGGGUCUGGACGAGUUCUUCAGGCUACCCUGGGUAUCUCACCCAGAAACUACCCCUCAGCUCCUCUUCAUUCGCCGUACAUCCCGUCCUUCCGACCGUUACUCUUCUCACAUCGCCUUUCCCGGCGGGAGGUCAGAACCCUCGGACACGUCCUCCCACUACACGGCGCUCAGGGAGACAUGGGAAGAGAUCGGGGUGGAUCUCGCAGAAAAGGAGUUUGGCUUUGUAGGGAGGUUGGAUGAUAGGGAGAUCACGACGAGUUUGGGAAAGAGGCUGUUGAUGAUUCUCAGUCCGUUCGUCUUCCUGCAACUAUCUCCCCACUCGCCCACCCCGGACCUUCAACCAUCAGAGAUCUCGUCGCUCCAUUGGAUCGACCUCGACAGGCUCACCCCGCCGUUCGACAAGCACGAUUGGGGUCACGUCGAAAUCGACAUUUCCAGCAGACUGAGCCCGAGGAAUCGGUUCGUCAGGGUUUUACUGCGGGGUCUGGUCGGGGGGAUGAAGUUCACCUCGUUGUUACUCCCCGAUGAACCGGAUUGUAUAUCUCCCGAGUACUUGCCCGAGUUUGAUGACCUCCAAAGAGAGGGGCACGGUACGGUCUUGGGGAAGAACGGGCAGAGGAGGUUGAGACUGUGGGGUUUGACCUUGGGGAUGACCUUAGACUUGUUAUCACACCUCCCUCAGCCGGAUACAACCCCGCUCGUCAGACCUCGAUCCCUCUCAGCAGAUUCGGAAAAGACGCCCUUACUUCGUCAUGCCUCGCAUGAAAUCUCGGUCGGGUCGGUCCUGAAGGCUCCCAAGACGCCGGUCACGGUGACGAGCUCUUUCGAUGCUGCGUUUGCUGCGCAUCAGCGACAACGAGGGCAAAAGGACGGAGACGCGCUUUCGGGAGAUAUAGUCGGCAGUCGAGUGGAUCUGAAGGUCUUGGGGGAAGAGGUGAGCGAGAAGGAAGAGGUCGAGGUGGUUACGAAACGAGUGGGCAACAGGCGAGGCGUCGGACCGGGUAUCACCACGGUAUUCCCGAAGUUCUCGUACCCGGACGUCAACAUGUUCAUCUGGUUGUUCUCAAGGAAAUAUCGCAGGCUACUGCGGCAAUGGGAAGCGAGUACAAGAGGACCCCCUUCAGCUGCUUCUAGGCGGGUCAACUGGAGCGGAGCCGCCUUGUCCGCAUUCUACUCGGCGGUGAGACACGCCUUGGUGGUCGCCAUCGUGGUCAGAGCGUUGGCGACGACGAUGGCGAUGGGAACUGCAGGGUGGUAUUUCUGGAGAUGGUUCCAGGCGACGAGGUGAGAUCGCCCUUCGCCUCGUGGCCUACAUCGCAUAUACGCGUGUGUGUAUUAUCCUUAAAGACCGAGGGAGUCACAAAUAUAAUAACUUGUAUCGACUAGGCCGGAUAGAUUUAAUGCAUCAUUCUGGGAGGGGUCCUCACGAAUCUCCACUGACCUAAACGCAGUCGACGAUGCCCGUCUGAAUGAACCCAACUACUCGUACUACUCGACUUUUUUAAGUACUGCGCUUGCAAUAUGCUCUUGAAUAUGUAGGACACC